AUGGAUCGUCGCGGCUCGGCGUGUCCAUCCCACGCGCUUCGGCUAGUAGCAGUCUUACUGAUCAUCACUGUCGCCCCCGCCGCCGCUGGCCGGCGGAUAGACACACUUGGUACAGCGAUAAACGCGGACUCUGGCACCGCAACCGCCGGCACCGCGACGUCUGUCGACGCGACAGCUGGCGCGUCGGCAUCGGACCUCUCUGCGCUGGCGGUGGACACGAAGACGAAGCAGGAGAUUAAAGCCCUCGCGCCGCUGAUUGGCGCCGCGGACCUGGCGGGCGUCGAUAAGCCGCCCAGACGCGCGUCGUACUUAACUAAAGACGCGUUCGCGACGGCGACCACAGUCUGGGCUAUACACCCCCCCCCCCCCAGCACGGAUUCAGCUGGAACCACCCCAACCCCAGUCUGGGCUACACUCCCCCCCCCAUCAUGGAUCCCGCGAAGCUGCCCAAUCUCAACACUGUCUCGCGCUACCUCACCGUGGGUCUCACGCUCGACCAAAGCACCCAGAAGCUCACGUGGGAUUUCAAACGCAGCGUGGACCACAGCUCGCUGUAUUUACCUGACGAAAAUUUCGACCAGGCCCAAGUUCAACAUCAGCAUGUACGAGCAGGUGCCGCUGCCGGGGCCGCUGGGGCUCAUUCUCGCGCUGCAGCAGCAGCCCGUUAUCGUCACCAUCCGCGCCUCCUCAGAGGAUUUCAUCAACUAUGCGGGCGGUGUAUACCAGGGCUGGGGCUGCUACAACCCGCUGGGGACCAUCUUUGAAAGAGGACGGCCGGCUGCCACCGCUACAGCCACCAACAACACGGCUCUGCUGGACCACGUGAUGCUGGCCGUGGGGUAUAACUAUGAGGCGCCAGGCAGCUGGGCGAAUUACUUCAUUCUGAAGAACAGCUGGGGGCCGGACUGGGGCGAGGGCGGGUACAUGAAGAUUCGAAUGGAGAAUGGGCCGUUCGGCACGUGCGGCAUGCUGGUGAAUCGAGGGCUCUACCCUGUUGUGAAAGUUCCCCAGACCACUGACCCCUGCAACACGUGCCCCUGUGGGGGCGGCACGUGUGUGGCGGACGCGAGUGGCAACGGCAAGUACACGUGUCAGUGCACGGACCAGCUAGCACCUGCUGUCAACCGCGACGGCACACCCACAUGCACCAUCAUCAAUGUGUGCAGCAUUCUACCCAACAACCCGUGCGCCGUGGGGCAGUGCAUCAACAUCGGCGACGGCGGCUACUCGUGCCUCUGCCCGCCCAACUACAAGCCCAGUGUGCUCGCCUCUGGCCAGACCACCUGCGUGCCUGACAUGUCAACGAGUACAGCAGCAGCGGUGCAGGGCACGUACACAGUGCAGGGGGGGGAGACGUGUGGCGCCAUCUACGGCUUCAUCGGCCUCACCCAGGAGCAGUUCCUCCUGCAGAAUAAGGGCGUGGACUGUGAGAACCUCAAGGCGGGUCAGCUGCUCAACAUCUCCAUCCCCUCCUCGGCUCAAGUGUGCCGUGUGCGCUACUCUGUCACCCAGGCGGACGCAGCAGCAAAGAGCUGUGAUCCCAUUAAUAAUCGCUUUGGCAUUGACGUAACGACCAUCAACCCCAACCUUGACUGUUCAAGCCUCGUGCCCAACCAGCAGAUCUGCAUCCAGGUGGGGGACGCGGUGUCAGGAGCAGCAGACUACAACCUGUGCACGAGCUACCUGCCAGUCAACGAGUGGAUCACGUGUGCCAACGCUGUGGAUUGGUACCAAAUCUCAUGGUUCGACCUCUACCGCCUCAACCCCGGCAUCAACUGCGACACGCUCACAGCACUCACCGCCUCCGAGAUCUGCAUCGCCGGAACGCCGCUGGGAGCGGUGGCGUGCGGUAAGGCGCGGUCGAAGACGGUGGCGAACCGGCGGUACACGGUGGGGGCGGGGGACAGCUGUGCAUCGCUGGUGGUGGUGCAGUUCCAGCGCCAGCCGCCGCUCGUGGGCGAACUCAACCGCGGCUGGAUGUGCCGCUCCCAGUCCCUCUUCGCUGGCAUGCCCCUCUGCAUCCCUUCUUAG